AUAAAGCAAGAAAGACACAAACUGUUGCCUCAGAACACGAUCUUCUUGUUCGACCAGAAAAUUCGCUGCGGGAUGGCGGCACUUACAUUUGUGCUUGUAGCACUUCUGAAUGUUGUCAGCGCUCAGUUCCAAGGGGAUAAAGUUAUACGUGUAGUGCCUCAAAAUGAAAAAGAACUUGAACAUUUGAACGUCCUCCAGACCAACAAAGAACUCAUGAUUGAAUUCUGGAAGUGGCCAUCACAUGUUGGUCUUCCAGUGGAUAUGCACGUGUCAAAUGACGUAUACAAGAAACUUGCGCAGUAUCUUCACAAACGCCACAUCAAGUUCACAAUUCAAAUGUUCGAUGUUCAACGACUUGUUGACAACGAGAAUUCCUAUGAUUCUAAGAGGUCGUCGGUCAGUUGGUAUGGAAAAUACCAUCCUCUAAAUGAGAUAUACGACGAGCUUAAAAGACUUGCUCGCGACUACUAUCGUAAUGGUAACGUAUUGGUAUUCACACUGGGGAAGUCACAUCUACAACAAGAUCAGAAGGCUAUUAUGAUUAAAGGCAAAAGACGUGCCAAUAAGCCUGUGUUCUUCAUGAAUUGUGGUAUUCACGCAAGAGAAUGGGUAUCACAAGCCACAUGCAUGUACAUCGCCAAACAGUUGCUGUCGAGAUAUGGUAAAGACUCUGAUGUGACUGCCAUCUUGGAUAAAAUGGACUUCGUCAUUGUACCUGUGGUUAACCCCGAUGGGUAUGUACACACGUGGACGAGGUAUCGUUUUUGGAGGAAAACUAUGAAACCUAACAAAGGCACAUGGUGCGUAGGGACUGAUCCCAACAGAAACUGGGACUUUAAAUGGGGAGAGCCUGGGGCUAGUGCCRACCCUUGCAACGACGCCUACCGUGGUCCCCACGCCUUCUCGGAAAUCGAGACUAAAAAUGUCGCUGACUAUUUAAAACGACUAGGAACUCGUGUAAAAGGUUACAUGGAUAUCCAUGCCUAUAGCCAGCUAUGGAUGAUUCCAUGGGGGUAUACUACUACACCAACACCUGAUCAUCAGGAACUGAUGCGUGUCAGUAACAUCGGUGCUUCAGCCAUUCGUAAUGCAGGCUACAAUACAGACUACAAAGUGGGACCUUCGUCUGUCAUCAUCUAUAAAAACUCAGGGGGAAGCAAGGACUAUACAUACGGCGUUCUUGGCAUCAAGUACUCGUUUGCCUUAGAACUACGAGACAAGGGAACACAUGGCUUCCUUUUGCCAGCAUCGCAAAUCAUUCCUACUGGUUUGGAGACCUUUGAAGGGAUCAAAGCCAUGGCAAAAGCAAUGAAAAUCUAGAUACUGCUCGCGUGAUUAUAAUACUGACAAAAAAUAAAUAGAGUACUGGCACGUUGUGAUUU